AUGCGGAUUCAGGAAGUUGCCGACGAACUUCGUACCGAGUUCCAGGAAGGAAUUCAAUCUGUUCGUUCUGAUUUGACUCAGAAACUUGAUCAAUUGACGGAAUCGGUGCUUAGCCUCGAUGUCCGAUUACGGGAAUUCAUGAAUCGAAACCCAUCCUCUACUCCAACCAGUUCCAAACUCCAUAGCUCUGUAUCUGACGCAAAUGGUUCCCAAUUUCGGGUACCAGAAACACCGGAACAAAGGAUCUUGAAGUCGGUCAAGGUGGAGAUUCCUCAAUUCCAUGGGUCUGACCCAAAUAAUUGGAUUUUUAAAGCAGAAAUGUUCUUCCAAAUGCAGCAGGUUCCAUUGCAUAUGAAGGUGCAACUUGCUGGGUUGAAGAUGGAGGGCCAAGCUUCCCCAUGGUUUCAAUGGAUGUUCGAUACAGGUUCGAUUAACCAAUGGGACGAUUUCAUUCGAGCGUUGCGUCAACGUUUUGGUGCUUCGGCUUUUGUAGAUCUCAAAGGUACUCUUUCCAAACUUUCCCAAUCAGGUUCGUUAAUGGAGUACAUUAGGGAUUUUGAGGCCCUGUUGAACCAAGUCCCUGGUUUCUCUGAUGAUGUUUUGAUGAGUUUUUUCAUCUCUAGCCUUCAACCGAACUUGAGGAGUGCUAUUCAACUCCAAUGGCCCACAUCCUUACACCAUGCCAUGCAGCUUGCAUAUGCCAUUGAUACUCACCACGACCAAUUACGUUCUUCUCUGUCUUUUUACCCAAAGAAACCUGUCCUUACAUCAUCCACACCAACAACUAUCCCUAAACCUAGUCCCAAUCCUCCUUAUACGCAUACACCUAGUCCCAACAUACCCAAACCUUUUACACCUCUUGCCUCAAAUUUACCAAUUAAAAAACUCUCCCCUGAGAAAAUUGCAAGAAAAAGAGAACUUGGAAUUUGCUAUACUUGUGACGAAAAAUGGACCUCAAAACAUCGAUGUAAGUCCAAAAUGCUUUUGUUGAUUGGUGAAAUUGAUGAAGACCAACAAGACACAGAAGAAGAAAUUAUGUGGUCCCCUAAGUCCAAGGAUGACAGUUUGGCAGCUACACUGCAUUCCUUAGCAGGUUCUUUUAAUCCUAGAGCCUUAAUUUUUGAUACAUGGCUCUGUGGACAUAAGGCAAGUGUGCUAGUUGAUUCUGGCAGCUCACACAAUUUUAUAAAUCGUGAGUUAGCUCAUCAGCUGAAUGUUCCUAUGUUGCAUUCGAAAGGAAUGAAGGUGUUCAUGGGAAAUGGAGAUUUUCUGUUCUGUGACAAAAAGUGCUGCAAGGUCACUUUAGUUAUCCAGAACCAUUCAUUUGUAGUUGAUCUUUGGGUGCUGGAAUUGCAUGAUUUGAGUAUUAUAUUGGGCAUGUCUUGGUUGGAAAGUUUGGGCCAAGUGACCCAUGAUUAUGUUGAGCAAUCCAUGGAGUUUGUGAAGGAUGGCCAGCGAAUCAAAUUGCAAGGUAAUGUGGACUCAGAUGAUUUUUCCCGAAUCAAGAGGGAUAAGUUGAGCUCCUGCUGUGUCCUUUCAUCCUCGGUUUCUGAUGUCAAUGAGCAGUUGAUUCUGCCUGAAUUGGAGGCUCUCAAAGACACACUUUCUGCUGAAUUAUGGGAGGUACUAUACAAGUACAUGGCUGUUUUCCAGACUCCUCAGUCAUUACCUCCUUUUAGAGGUAUGGAUCACUCAAUUCACUUGAUGGAGGGAGCAAGACCUGUGAAUGUCAAGCCUUAUCGUUUUCCUCAUCAUCAAAAAUCUGAAUUGGAGAAACAAGUGACUGAUUUGUUAUCUGUUGGUUUUAUCCAACCCAGCAAGAGUGCUUUCUCCUCACUUGUACUAUUAGUCAAGAAAUCAGAUGGCUCAUGGCGCAUGUGCAUAGAUUACAGGGCCUUGAAUGCACUAACUGUACCCGACAGGUUUCCUAUACCAACAAUAGAUGAGUUGUUGGAUGAAUUACUUGGUGCUUCAGUCUUUAGCAAGUUGGAUCUUAGAGCUGGAUAUCACCAGAUCCGUAUGCUUCCUCAAGACAUACAUAAGACUGCUUUUCGCACCCAUGAGGGACAUUAUGAGUUCCUUGUCAUGCCUUUUGGUUUGACAAAUGCCCCGGCUACGUUUCAGGCAACAAUGAACCAGAUUUUUCGCCCUUAUUUGAGAAUAUUUGUCAUUGUUUUUUUUGAUGACAUUCUCAUCUAUAGCCCUUCUAUGAUUGAUCAUUUGUAUCAUUUAGAACUGACCUUCAAUUGUUUGUUGCAGCAUAAUUUUUUUGUUAAAAUAAGCAAGUGUGCCUUUGGUGUUGCUAAAAUUUCCUACUUAGGCCAUAUUGUAUGUGCUGAAGGCGUGAAGGCUGAUCCAAAAAAAGUGGCUGCCAUGGUAGAUUGGCCUCAACCAACAACAAUCAAACAAAUGCGUGGAUUUUUGGGUCUCACAAGCUACUACAGAAAAUUUGUAAAGCAAUAUGCUGACAUUGCUUCACCUUUGACUGAAAUGUUGAAAGCUGACAAACUGAUUUGGACACCUGCAGCAGUUGAUUCAUUUGCCAAGUUAAAGACUGCUAUGAGCUCAACACCAAUCUUGGGGCUGCCAGAUUUUUCUUCCCCAUUUAUUGUAGAAACCGAUGCAUCUAUUGUGGGCAUAAGGGCUGUUCUUAUUCAACACUUUAAACCAAUCUCUUUUUUUAGCAAAAAGCUUGGGUUUCGUUUAUCCAAAGCAUCCACUUAUGUCCGUGAAUUGUAUGCCAUCACUGAGGCAGUGAAGAAAUGGAGACACUAUCUCCUUGGAGCCCAUUUCAUAGUAAGAACUGAUCACCAAAGCAUUCGGGAGUUAUUGUCUCAGACCAUACAGACUCCAGAGCAGCAUAGGUAUGUCCAUAAGCUUUUGGGAUAUUCAUUUACUAUUGAAUACAAACCUGGCUCCUCCAACAUUGUUGCUGAUGCACUUUCAAGACAAUUUGAGUCUGCUGAGGCUGAUGGUAUCCUUUAUCAUCGAGGCAGAUUUUAUUUGGGAUCCCAAUCCAGUUUGAAAACAGAAUUGAUUGAGGAAGCUCAUUCUACUCCUUUGGGUGGGCAUGCUGGUUCUCUUCGCACCUUUCUGCGUCUCUCUGCUUCUUUUUAUUGGCAACAUAUGAGAAGGGAUAAAUUGUUCUCUUUGAGUGGUACUAAACUCAAAACUAGUUCUAGUUAUCACCCACAAACCGAUGGGCAAACUGAGGUCACAAACCGUUACUUGGAGCAAUAUUUGAGGGGUUUUUGUGCUGAACAACAACAUAAGUGGUAUUCUUUCUUAUGUUGGGCUGAGUUGCAUUACAACUCAUCAGUUCAUUCUUCCAUUGGAAUCUCCCCAUUCCAAGCGGUUUAUGGCAGGUUAGCACCUACAAUUCCUCAUUACCCGAGGGGCUUAGUUACUAUUGAAGCUUUAGAUACACUUCUUUCCCAAAGAAAUGAUAUCUUAGCUAGUCUCAAGGAACACUUGCUUAGAGCCCAGAACAGAAUGAAGCAUCAAAGUGAUAGGCACCGUCGAGAUUUGGUUCUUGCUGAGGGUGAUUUAGUUUUGGUUAAGUUACAACCUUAUCGCCAACUUUCAGUGGUUCGAAGGUCACACCAAAAGCUUGCCAAGAGAUACUAUGGUCCUUUUACAGUCAAGAAGGUGAUCAAUUCGGUUGCUUAUCAGCUAGAUCUUCCUGCCACAUCCAAAAUUCAUCCCACCUUCCACAUCUCUUGUUUGAAACCGUUUCGGGGUAACCCUGAUGUUCCCUUCACUCCUCUGCCUGCUAUGAGUGUGGAUAAUAGGCCAGUUCAAAUGCCUCUUGCCAUUAUAGCUUCUUGUACACAAUCGGUUUCUGGCACUCCUGCUACUGUUCAGCAUUUGGUUCAAUGGACAGAUACUGUUCCUGAAGAUGCCACUUGGGAAACAGCUGCUAAUUUGCGUUUGGCUUAUCCAAGCAUAGACCUUGAGGACAAGGUCUCUCAAGGGAAGGAGGUAGUUGUUACAGAUACAACAUUGGCUGGGCCAACUCAUGAUGCCAUCAGCUUUGGAAGGUCCAUUAGGAAGAAGGAAAGCCCAACUUGGAUGAAAGAUUACAAUUGUAGCUGA